GUGAAAUACAACAAACACCUCAAAUUACUGGACCAAGUUAAAUACCAUACACAAAAGUACCUACAAAUGCGACCCAGCAAACGAGACUAGAAUAAACAAAACUAUAGCCUCUGGUCAUCAAACUCUGUUGAAAUUAACAUGGCCUUUUCUCUACAAAGACUCCAUAAGAUGUUUCAGUUGCAGGUAAUUCUCAACCAAAUGAAUAAACCGUACCAGGAUAUGAAAUGGGCUCCCCUGUUUGCAUAUGAUCCUACUACCGUGCGAUGACAUUUUCUCUCUCUCCCCUGCAGACAUGGGCAGAGACAACCAGACCAGGGUCACAGAAUUCCUUCUCCUGGGAUUCUCUGGGCAGUCAGAGCAGGAGGAGGUGCUCUCCGGGCUCUUCCUGUGCAUAUACCUGAUCACCAUCAUCGGCAACCUUCUCAUCGUCCUGGCCAUUGGCUGUGACAGGCAUCUCCACACGCCCAUGUACUUCUUCCUGGCCAACCUCUCCUGUGUGGACAUCUGCGUUUCAUCAGUCACGAUCCCCAAGAUGGUGGUGAAUCACAUCCUGGGAAGCCAGUCCAUCUCUUAUGCAGAAUGCAUGACCCAGAUCUACUUCUUCAUCACUUUCACCAACAUGGACGGGUUCCUCCUGAGUGUGAUGGCCUAUGACCGUUACAAUGCCAUCUGCUGCCCACUCCACUACACCAUGAUCAUGAGGCCCAAGCUCUGUGUCCUGCUGGUGGCUGCCUCUUGGGUCGUGAUCAACCUGCAUGCUCUCCUACACACUCUUCUCAUGAGGACGCUCACGUUUUGUUCCAAUAACGCUGUCCAUCACUUUUUCUGUGAUCCCUAUACAGUUCUAAAGCUGUCUUGCUCUAAUACUUUCAUCAAUGAACUGAUGGUCCUCACUGAGGGUGGACUGAUAUUUAUGACACCAUUCACGUGCAUCAUUGUUUCAUAUGCCUUCAUCUUCUCUAAUGUGUUGAAGUUGCCAUCUGCUCACGGAGUAAGGAAAGCCCUGUCCACGUGUGGAUCCCACCUCACUGUGGUCUCCCUCUUCUAUGGGGCAAUCCUGGGGGUCUAUAUGCGCCCUUCAUCCUCCUACUCAGUACAAGACGUGGUGGCCACUGUCAUCUUCACUGUGGUGACUCCCCUGGUCAAUCCCUUCAUCUACAGCCUGAGAAAUCGUGACAUGAAGAGAGCUUUAAGGAAACUAAUAUCAGAUUCAAUAGUUUAAAAAUUUUAGAGCAGGGAGGACUCUUGGAUAGCAUACAUUUUUUUUCAUUUUAAAAACAGAGACACUGAGUUCCUGUAGGUGUAAACGUACCCAUGACUAUUCCUCUAAUUAAAUGAUAUGUGAUUACAGUUGUGUUAUGAAAUAUGAAACUAAUAGGUAGGUGCUCAUAAGCCAUAAAACCAUUAAGUAGUUACCUAUAUAAAAGUGUGAUUCUAAAACAUUCAUUUUACAGGCCACAAAAAUUGAGGACAAGACAAAAUUGGAGGGAGUUUCUGUGGUGCCUCAUUGGUAAUGAACCUGACCAGCAUCCAUGAGGACAUGGAUUCCAUCCCUGGCCUCACUCAGUGGG